AUGGUGAAGGCUACACGAAGAGGACUAAUCGGAGGAGGGAGACGUGCUAGAGAAACUCGAUCUGAUGGUGGUUCAGAAAACCCUCAACUGAUUGAUGAACCCAUCGAAGAACCAGCGAGAUCUAUUGCAACACCUCUUUCUCUCAUUCCUUUUGUCGAUGAAGAUGACUCUUUUGCAACGGCUUUUGAAGAACAUAAGAGCAGCGAGUCAAAGGAUUUUCGGAAACCUGAAGGAGAAUCAAAGAAAUCUGAUGAAGAAACUGAGGUUCUUUCUGAACAAAUCGAAGAAGACAAACUUAAUGAGGAAGAUGUGCCCACAGAAACGGUACUUAGAAACGAUGAUUCAACAGAAGCUGGGCCAACGAAAGGAAUUAAGAAUUUGGGAAAUGAAUUUGAAGAAGCAGAACAGAUUGAAGAAGAAAUAGUUGACAGAAAUGUUGAAGUUACAGAGGAAAGGGUUGGAGAUGAACCAAUCCACGUCUCAGAUGUUGAAAUUGAGCCUACUGAGAUGACUGUUGAGGAACAAUUUCAGAAAAAUCAGAAGGAGAAGGAAGUUCGUAAGAAAAGAAUCUUUAAACAGCUAGGUCUAGCUCCUCCAAAGAAGAAACAGAAGAAGGAUGAAUCAAGCUCAAAGAAGAGCAAAUCUAUCAAAGCUUCUGAGUCAGGCAAAAGUUCUUCUAAGAAAAGCUUUCGGUCAAAGCUAUUCUCAUCACCUCAAGCUAAAGCAAGGUAUGAUUUGUUUAAAAAUAGAAACUUGAUUGAGGAACGCCUGAUUGAUUUAGAAAAAGAAGAUUCUUGGGGUUACUUAACCUUGAUCAAGAAUGCUAGAUUGGAAUCUACAGUAACAAAUCUUGGAAGUUAUGUGCGGGAAGUAGUAUCUGAAUUUUACGCAAAUCUUCCUUGUGAAAAGUCUGAAGAAAAUGCUGAGAAGGUCAGUGUGUUUGUCAGAGGGCAUGAUUAUGAGUUUUCACCAAAGAAAAUCAAUAAAUUUCUUGGUUUUAAGGGUUUAACCAAAGAAGAACUUAAGGCAGAUAGUGAUGCUGAUUCUAUUGGAAAAGAACAACUUGCAGAACUGCUAAGUGAAGAUGAGAAGACUGGCUGGGAAGAUUUAGUAUUCAAGAAUUUUUCUCCUCGAAUUGGAGCUCUUCUACGAAUCACUGCUCAGAAUUGGAUUCCUUCAUCAAAUCCGGAUUAUGUAUCAGUAGAAAGAGCUCAGCUGAUUUACAAAAUCUUCCAUGGAAUCAGAUUUGAUUUUGGAAAGAUGAUCUUCAAUCAAGAUGUUAGAACUGGUCAAGCUUACACUGAAAGGAUAAAGGGCAAAGCAAAAGAUAGCACUCAGCCAAAUACUUCAAGAACAGCUCCUCAAAAUGUAUAUCCUUCUUCUCAGUUUAAUCCAGAGUAUCAAGGAUAUACUGUUGUGGACAUUGGAAGCAUCCGCCUGCCUCACCCUGAUGAGGACGAUAGAGAGGGAAUGUUUAUGGCUUUGUUAGACACAGCUCAAGCUAUCUCCAAGAUGAAUGAAGUGAUUCAACAACUUGUUCUCAGUCAUCCUUUGUCCAAAAGACUGUAG